AUGACGGCCAAGCCCCCCGCCCUCGAUGUCUCGGCCACGCACCUCGUCGCGACGCUGUUCUACAAGGCCGACACCCCAAACUUCUUCCAGCAUGCAGACUUGUCCCCACGCAGUCCCGGCGACCCCAUCCCAUCCGCCUCGCUCGAGUCGCUAAAAGACGGCGUCGUGCCUACCCAGGACCUUGCAGACUACCCGCUCGAGCCGCCGACUCCUGGGCCCAACGCCCUCGACAACCUCUACGGAAGCUACAUCAGCCAAAGCUGCCUCACAGACUUCUUCGCCACCCUCACCAGCGUCAUCGCCGGCCUGGAACAGAACACGAUAACGAGCAGGAGGCUCGAGGCGAGCAAGCUCUGCAGGGUAGUCGAAGUCACCUUCCCACUGCCCAGCGCUUCGCCCAUCGCGCUCGAGACACUGCGGAGGCAUGAGGCUGUAUCGCGCUUCGAGCGCAAAUGGAACACCGAGUGCGUCUUCCAGCCAGACACAGUCCACCGCCGAUACAAGAGGCUGGCUGUCUUUGACAUGGACAGCACCCUGAUACAGCAGGAGGUCAUCGACGAAAUCGCCUCGCUGAUCGGCGUCGAGAAGGAGGUAUCCGCCAUCACCGCUGCCGCCAUGAACGGCGAGUUGGACUUUGAGGCUAGCCUGCGCGCACGAUGCAAGCUGUUGAAGGGCGUGCCAAGCAGUGUCUUCGAGACGCUCAAGCCGCGCAUCACUCUGAAUGAGGGCGUCAAGGACCUCAUCACCGCUUUGAAGCGACUAGGCUUCAAGACUGCCGUUCUCAGUGGAGGCUUCACUCCGCUGACGGGCUGGAUGGGCCAGCAACUCGGCCUCGACUACGCCUUCGCCAAUCAUCUCGUUGUUUCCGACGACGGAGCCACGCUUACCGGCGAACUGACUGGCGAAAUUGUACACGCCCAGAAGAAACGCCAACACGUCCUGGAAAUUGCUGAGAAAGAAAACAUACUUCUGGACCAAGUUGUAUGCGUCGGCGACGGCGCCAACGACCUUCCCAUGAUGGGUGUGGCUGGUUUGGGUGUUGCCUUCCACGCAAAGCCAAAGGUGCAGAUGCAGGCUCCUGCUCGCCUAAACUCCAAGAGCAUGUUGGACAUCCUGUACCUCUUUGGUAUCUCCAAGGAGGAGCAAGAAGCACUAUUGCAAUAG